GGGUCAUGUGAGCGCGCAGGCGCAGCGCCGCGCAGCCCGCUCGCUCACACAAAGCCCAGACGCGAAGAAAAUGGCGGCAGGGGUCGAAGCGGCGGCCGAGGUGGCGGCGACAGAGCCUAAAAUGGAGGAGGAGAGCGGCGCGCCCGGCGUGCCGACCGGCAACGGAGCUCCAGGCCCGAAAGGUGAAGGAGAACGACCUGCUCAGAAUGAGAAAAGGAAGGAGAAAAACAUAAAGAGAGGAGGCAAUCGCUUUGAGCCAUAUGCCAAUCCAACUAAAAGAUACAGAGCCUUCAUUACAAACAUACCUUUUGAUGUGAAAUGGCAGUCACUUAAAGACCUGGUUAAAGAAAAAGUUGGUGAGGUAACAUACGUGGAGCUCUUAAUGGACGCUGAAGGAAAGUCAAGGGGAUGUGCCGUUGUUGAAUUCAAGAUGGAGGAGAGCAUGAAAAAAGCUGCUGAAGUUCUAAACAAGCAUAGUCUGAGUGGAAGACCACUGAAAGUCAAAGAAGAUCCUGAUGGUGAACAUGCCAGGAGAGCAAUGCAAAAGGUGAUGGCUACGACUGGUGGGAUGGGUAUGGGACCAGGUGGCCCAGGAAUGAUUAAUAUCCCACCCAGUAUCCUAAAUAAUCCUAACAUCCCAAAUGAGAUUAUCCAUGCAUUACAGGCUGGAAGACUUGGAAGUACAGUAUUUGUAGCAAAUCUGGAUUAUAAAGUUGGCUGGAAGAAACUGAAGGAAGUUUUUAGUAUGGCUGGUGUGGUGGUCCGAGCAGACAUUCUUGAAGAUAAAGAUGGAAAAAGUCGUGGAAUAGGCACUGUUACUUUUGAACAGUCCAUUGAAGCUGUGCAAGCUAUAUCUAUGUUUAAUGGCCAACUGCUAUUUGACAGACCAAUGCAUGUGAAAAUGGAUGAGAGAGCCUUACCAAAGGGAGAUUUUUUCCCUCCUGAGCGUCCACAACAACUUCCCCAUGGACUUGGUGGUAUUGGCAUGGGGUUAGGACCAGGAGGGCAGCCUAUCGAUGCCAAUCAUUUGAAUAAAGGCAUUGGAAUGGGAAACAUAGGACCUGCAGGAAUGGGAAUGGAAGGCAUAGGAUUUGGAAUAAAUAAAAUGGGAGGCAUGGAGGGACCCUUUGGUGGUGGUAUGGAAAACAUGGGUCGAUUUGGAUCUGGGAUGAACAUGGGCAGAAUAAAUGAAAUCCUAAGUAAUGCCCUGAAGAGAGGAGAGAUCAUUGCAAAGCAGGGAGGAGGUGGAGGCGGAGGCAGUGUCCCUGGAAUUGAAAGGAUGGGCCCCGGCAUUGACCGCAUUGGGGGUGCCGGCAUGGAGCGCAUGGGCGCAGGCCUGGGCCACGGCAUGGAUCGUGUGGGCUCUGAGAUUGAGCGUAUGGGCCUGGUCAUGGACCGCAUGGGCUCAGUCGAGCGCAUGGGCUCAGGCAUCGAGCGUAUGGGUCCAUUGGGCCUCGACCACAUGGCCUCCAGCAUCGAGCGCAUGGGCCAGACCAUGGAGCGCAUCGGCUCUGGCGUGGAGCGCAUGGGUGCUGGCAUGGGCUUUGGCCUUGAGCGUAUGGCCGCACCCAUUGACCGUGUGGGCCAGACCAUCGAGAGGAUGGGCUCUGGUGUGGAGCGGAUGGGCCCUGCCAUUGAGCGCAUGGGCCUGGGCAUGGAGCGCAUGGUGCCCGCAGGCAUGGGGGCAGGCCUGGAGCGCAUGGGCCCUGUGAUGGAUCGCAUGGCCACUGGCCUGGAGCGUAUGGGCGCCAACAACCUGGAGCGCAUGGGCCUGGAGCGUAUGGGCGCCAACAGCCUGGAGCGCAUGGGCCUGGAGCGUAUGGGCGCCAACAGCCUGGAGCGCAUGGGUCCUGCCAUGGGCCCGGCCCUGGGUGCUGGCAUUGAGCGCAUGGGCCUCGCCAUGGGUGGCGGUGGAGGUGCCAGCUUUGACCGUGCCAUCGAGAUGGAGCGUGGCAACUUUGGAGGAAGCUUCGCAGGUUCCUUUGGUGGAGCUGGAGGCCAUGCACCUGGGGUGGCCAGGAAGGCCUGCCAGAUAUUUGUGAGAAAUCUCCCAUUUGAUUUUACAUGGAAGAUGCUAAAAGACAAAUUCAACGAAUGUGGCCACGUGCUGUAUGCCGACAUCAAGAUGGAGAAUGGGAAGUCCAAGGGGUGCGGUGUGGUUAAGUUUGAGUCGCCAGAGGUGGCUGAGAGAGCCUGCCGGAUGAUGAAUGGGAUGAAGCUGAGUGGCCGAGAGAUUGAUGUUCGAAUCGAUAGAAAUGCUUAAGCAGUUGCCUUUUUUAAACAUCGAGACCAGACCUCUGAAUUUGUAUUUUUUCUUGUUAACCAUUUUAAUUUGUUGGCUGGAUGUAUAAAGAUGUUUAAAAAAUUCAGUUGCUUUUUGGGGUAAUUUGAAUUACUUUUUUAAUGACUGGGGUUCCAUUUGACUGUUUGCAUUGAGAUUGCAAUGUGCGCAAUUUUUUUUGUAGUUGUGGCAUCUUGUUGACAUCGAAUAUGACUUUGAUAAUAAAUACCAGUUCCUGAAA